AUGUCGAACGACAUUCGGUCAAUUCAAAUGUUAAUAGUCAAUGAUAAACUGUUUCAAUGUGCUCGAUCAACUUGUUUACCAUUUUGUAACUUGAUAACAUCAGACGUUCGUCGUUGCCAAACAAAUUGUUUAAACCGGGAUGAAUGUGUGGCAGCUACUUUUUAUCAAUCGAAUUUACAAUGUCAAUUAUUUAAUAUUUCAAUCAAUCAAAAUACAAAUAUGUCGUUUGAAAUGAAUGCUGUGACAAUGAUCACAGUUUUCAGAACACGAUAUCCUUAUGAUCAAGCGACGAUUUCAGCAACAUCAUCAUCAACCUCAUCGUCAACAGGAGCCUCACCCGCAUGCACUUCACUUCUCCUCAGUCAAGUAACUUACACCGCUGGUACUCGUCCACAAGCAGUCGUAGUUAUCGACGUCAACAAUGACACUCAACUUGACAUUGUUGCUGCAAAUCGCGAUUCACACAGUAUCAGUGUUCUUUUUAGCGCAGGGAAUGGAACGUUUCUUGCUCAAACUACUUACUCGAUUGAUAGCUAUACAUUUUCAUUAGCUGUAAGCGAUUUGAAUCUAGAUAGUGUGCCGGAUAUUGUCGUGGCAAAUACUGGUUCGAGCACCAUUGGUGUUCUUCUUAACGCAGGCAAUGGAACAUUUUUGCCUCAAAAGACUUACGCGGUUGACGAUAGUCCAUAUUAUGUCGUAAUCAGUGAUUUAAAUAGCGACAGUCAUUCUGAUGUAGUUGUUGCAUGUAGUAAUCCAAAGCGCGUCAAUGUUCUUUUCAACACUGGAAACGGAACAUUCAUAAGUAACAAUAAUUAUUCAGUUGGUACGAAUCCGUCCUGGUUAGCUAUCAGUGAUAUUGAUGGCAACAACAGUUCAGAUAUUGUCGUCGUAAAUUAUAACUCAAACAAUAUUGGUGUCCUUCGCAAUGUAGGUAAUGGAACGUUUCUUGCGCAAGUAACUUACGCAACUGGUACCAAUCCGAAUUCAGUGGCGGUGAGUGACAUAAACCAGGAUAAUAAACCUGACGUUAUUAUUGCUGUUUUUGGUACAAAUAAUGUCGGUGUUCGUCUCAAUGCAGGCAAUGGUACGUUUCUUUCUCAAACUAAUUAUGCAACUGGUUCCAGUCCAUAUUCAGUUACAGUAGCAGACGUCAAUCAAGACAAUCUACCCGACAUUAUGGUCGCGAAUUCUGGUUCGAGCAACAUUGGUGUUCUUCUUAAUGCAGGCAAUGGAACAUUUUUUGCUCAAACAACUUACGCAGUUGGUACCAGUCCGUAUUCAAUAUCCGUCGGCGAUGUAAAUAACGAUCAUAAAGCAGAUUUAGUUGUAACAAAUGGUGGUUCAAACAACGUUGGUGUUCUCUUAAACUGUUGA